GGCAAAUAUUAUAAUUAAAAAUAAAUUAAUAAAUUAUCUAUUGUUUACAAUUUUUAGUGGAAUAUUUAUAAGUGAGUGGUUGAUAGAAAUUAUAGAUUAUUUAAUUAAAUUAAAUAUUUUAAAAUGCAAGUAAAUUCACAAAAACGUGAGAAUACUCAAACUACAAUAUUAGCAUUAUUACUUACACAUAAAGGAGGAUGUACUCUACGGCAGUUAAAUAAUGAUUAUUAUGAAACAGAAGGUGAAUAUAUACCAUGGAAAGAACUUGGAUAUAGCUCUUUGUUAGCUUUUCUAUAUAGUAUGUCAAAAACAGUUCAAAUAGAAAAUAAAAAUAAUACAUUUAUUAUACAAGGAAUUGCUUCUGAAAAAUCCAAACAUGUUAGUAAAUUAGUAGCUGGUCAAAAAUGUCAGAAACCAUUUUUUGGAAGAAAAUUUUAUAAACCAAAUCAUUAUUUUCCUACAACUGCUCCUCCUCGAAUUCGUAUACCAGCUGAGAUAUUAAGUAGGAUAAUCAGUUUAGUUAAUGAUCAUCCAGAUGGCGUAAAUAAAUAUUAUGUCCUUCAAGAAAUUCAUUUGUGCAUGCCUUUUGCAAACAUUACUAUGAAAGACAUGGAAGAGCAAUUACAGGAAUUAUCACAUACGAUUUUUCAAACAAGUACUAAAAUUUAUCCAAUACAUGCUAAAGUUAAAGGAUUUAAUAAUUUAAAAAAUUAUAAUAAUAUGACUUCUAAUUCUAAAUCUCAAAAUGGAGAAAAAUAUAAAUCAUUAUCUGUAACUGUUGCUGGAGAUGAAGAUUCAAAUGAUAUAUUAAAUUAUGAUGAAGAAGAUAUUUUAGAGUUUUCACAUUCUGAUUCUUUUUAUUCAAAAUCAAUUAAAAGUAAAUCUACAUCAAGCUUUAUAAAAGAAACUGUAUUUAAAUAUCAAGAUCAAGAGACAGAAUGUCUCCAGAAUGAAACUCCAAAAACUCAACAUAAUAAUGAUACUCAAAUUCAGAUGAAAUUGAAUAAUAGUAUUGAAAAGGAUGAAGAAAAUGUUUUAGAUAAAAAAAAUGUUGAAAUACUUAUAAAUGAAAGAAUCAAAUUUCGUUUGGAAAAACUUAUACAAAAUCAUCAUGAUGGAAUUUGGUGUGCUGAUCUACCAAAGAAAUAUCUAGAAGAAUAUAAAGUAUCUUUGAAUUAUGAAGAAUUAGGUUUUAAUAGUGUUAGAGAAUUUGCAUCACAAUUACCUGAUAUCUUUCAUUGCAUUCAGCCUCAUAAUGCAGGAGAUUUUAUGCUUUAUUAUGCAAAAAGAGAAAUACCUUCAAAUAAAAUAAAAGAGAAUGAUAAAAUUAAUAAUAUUACAGAUUGGUAUAACAUUUAUGAAACAAUUGAUGAAGAAGCACUUCCAGCAGAAGUGUCACCUGAUACAUGUAAAAUAUUAAUACCAGAUAAUGUAAUGAGUAUUGGAGAAUAUGUAGGUUACAUAAAUGUUGCAGAUUUAGCACAAAAUGAGGAACCUUUCAUAGAAGUUUUUGUUGUAGAAGUAUUUACACCUUCAUUUUUUUGGAUACAACUUCGUAAAAAACAAAAAAUAUUUAUAAAGUUUAUGGAUGACUUACAUAAAUUUUAUACAAUAAAUCAUGAGCAAUAUGUGAUUCCAUUAGUUGUACUAGAAAGAGGUUUAAAUUGCGCAUGUAUAUAUAAUGGGUUAUGGCAUAGAGGUAUAAUCAAAAGUGUAAAACCAGAUUUACAAGUCACUGUAAUGUUUUAUGACUAUGGAACAUUAAAAACAUAUUCUCCAGGAACAGUAUAUUACUUGCAUAGAAUGUUUUCCAAUUUACCAGCUCAAGCAAUACCAUGUGGUUUAAUUAAUACAAGACCAUAUAAAGGAUCUAAAUGGUCUCGUGGUGCUACUUAUUAUUUUGCAGUAAGAACAUCUAAAAUACCUUUAGUUGCAACAAUUGCAUCAGUUAAUAUAGAGGAUAAUUCUAUGAUAAUAAGUUUGACUGAUACAUUGGAAGAAGAAGAUGUACAUAUUAAUGAUUGGUUAGUUGAACAGAAUUUAGCAGAACAUGGAAAAAUGGUUUGUAUGAAAAAACGAAAUUUUCCAUUUCAAUAUUAUUUAGAAUGUCAAAAACGUUUUAAACAAUAUAAAUUUAGUAAUACUCGCGAAAUGGAAAUAAAUUCUGAAAAUAAAACACUACUAUAUAAUUUAAAUUUUGAUGGGAGUUUAUCUCAUAAUAAUAAUUCUAAAAAAAUAAAUAAUAAUAAAGAAAAUUCAUAUAAUGAAUUAAUAUUAUAUAAAGAAAAAGCCAAGAAAUCACAAUCUCUUGAAUAUAAUCACUCUUGCAAAAAUGAUUUUUCAAACGAAAAAAUAAAUAGCUUUACAAUAAAUUCUGAAAAAAAAAAUACAAAAAAAAUAGAAUCUUUGUAUGAAUUAUUAAAUCUUAAAAUAAAAUCUAUUCAUUCUAAAAUUAAUAAUAAUAAUCAUAUUAAUAAAAUUAAAGAGAGAGGAAAUGAAAGAUAUUUAGAAUCUAGUUUGAUAUUAAAUAAUCCUAUUGUAAAAAAAUUGUACGAAAAAUCUGAUAGUACUAAAUCUAAUAUUUCAUCAGUUGUUAAAAAUAUAAAAAAUGAUAUCUCUGAUAUCAGUAGAAAUACUGAUACUUUAUCUCUAUCUGCUAAAACCAAAGAAAAUAGUGAUAUGUCAAAUGAUACUUCAUUGAUUACUCUAUCUACUAAAAAAACAAAAAAUAAUGAUGUAUCAAAUACUGAUACUUCAUCAAUUAUUUUAUCUGCUAGAAACAGAAAAAAUAAUGAUGUGAUAAUAGAUAACAAAUACGAUAUUUUACAAAAACAUAAUAAUAUUCCAAAACAAUAUGCUUACCAUUUUGAUGUACAUACUUCAGAAGAUGAAUUAGAUUUUAAUGAUAUUAGAAAGUCUAUUGGUACAUGCAAUGAAAUAUAUAAAACAGAAUAUACAGAUUGGUCUGUUAUUGACAAAAAACAAGAAAAAAAAUAUUCACAAGAAAAUGUAGUUAAGGUACCACAUGAAACAAGUUUUCGAAAAAAAAAUAUACCAAUAGCUGAAAAUUGUUUUAUAAAAGCAGUAUAUAAUAGUUCUUAUUCAACUUUGAAUGAUAAAGAUAUACAAUGGACAUCAGCUGGAAAUAUUAAUAAAACGUCAGAUGUAUCUCCGUUAAUUAUAAAAAAUAUUGAAAAACGUAAAAAAAAUAUUUCAAAUAAUAUGACAGUUGUUAUACCUCAGAAAAUAUUGGAAACGUUAACAGAUGAAAAAUUCUCUGAAAAAUUACCUAAUGUACCUAAAAAUAUAGAAGAAAUUCAAUCAAUUAAUUUACAAGAAAUUGAUAAUGUUAAUAAUUUAAAAUAUACAAGUAACAAUGAUAUAUUUCAUAAUACAAAUUUUAAAAUACAUUCAGAAGAUUACAAACAAAAUGAUUAUAUUUGUAUGAAAGCAAUUUCUAAAAGGAAAUUAUUAGAAAAAUUAUUGUCAUUAAAAGAUAUAUCAAACGAUAUUUUAAACAUAGAUUCAGAUGAUUUAAGCACAUCACAAGAAUCUAUAUUAUCUGAAUAUAAUAAUGAUAAUAAUAAUGAUAAAUAUACAAAAGAAGUAUAUAAAAAUGAUAUAAAUAAUGAAGAUACAUCAAAUGAAUCCUCGAAUUCGAAAAUUCGCCCUAAAUGUCUUCCAUAUUCUGUUGAAGCAGAUAUAACAGAUUUAUACACACAAGAGUCAUCACUUAAAUCUAUGAAUAAUGAUUUAGAUUUAUAUAAGAAAGAAUUUUCAGAAACUUCAUCAAAAAGUUUAUUUGCAAACAAUACAGAAUUAGUAGAAUAUGUGCCAUCAGAUUCAAUAUUAUCACAACAAACUACAGAAGAAUUCGAUUUAAUAAAAAAAUAUAAUUCUUCAGAAAAACCAUUAUUAGAUAUGGAAAUAAAAAAAUCAGAACAAUUAUUAAAAGAAGAAUCAAUAUUAAAUGAAGAAAUCACACAAACACAAAUAUCAUCUAAAAAACUAGUAUCAAAAUCAUUUAUGAUUAGUAAUUUAGAUAUAAAUGAGGAAGAAAUUUCAGUAACUUCAUCAAAAUCAUCCGAAUUUGUAAACAAUUUAGAAUUAGCAGAAUAUGUGUCAUCAGAUUCAACAUUAUCACAAAAAAUUACAUUAAUAGAAGAGUCUGAUUUAAUAAAAAGAUAUAAUUCUAUAGAAAAAUUAUUAGAUGUAGAAAAAAAAGAAUCAGAAAUAUUAUUAAAAGAAAAACUAAUAUUAAAUGAAGAAAUCAAACAAAUAGAAAUAUCAUCACAAAUAAUAAGAGAACCAACAUCAGAAUUUAUGAAUAAUAAUUUGGAUGUAUAUGAGGAAGAAACUCCAAUAACUUCAUUAAAAUCAUCUGAAUUUGUAAACAAUUUAGAAUUAAUGGAAUAUACGUCAUCGGAUUCAACAUUAUCACAACAAAUUACAUUAACAGAAGAGUCUGAUUUGAUAAAAAAAUGUAAUUCUGUAGAAAAAUCAUUAGAUGUAGAAAAAAAAGAAUCAAAAGAAUCAUUAAAAGAAAAAUCAAUUUUAAGUGAAGAAAUCACACAAACACAAAUGUCAUUUAUAAAAGAACCCUCUAAAAUUUCUAACAUACCAAUUUUAAAUGAUAUUAAUAUAGAUUCUGAUGAAGAAGAAUGGGAUGUUCAAGUAUCAUAUGUUGAUGUUUGUAAUCUUUUUAAAAAAUCGUUUAAUGAAAAUAAUCAGAAUCAAUUUGAUCAUAAAGAAUUUAAUUCACAUCUAAAAAUAGAAGAAAUAAAUGAUUCUGAGUCAAUUGAACAUACAAGCAAUACAAAAAUAUAUGAAGAUGCAAAAGCUAAUCAUGAAGUUAUAUAUUCAGAUAAUCAAAACUCAAAUAAAAUCACUGAUAUUCAAAUUUAUGAAGAUGCAGAAAGUGAUACUCAUGAAAUUAUAUAUGCUACAGAUAAAAUAGCUAAUCAAAAUAAAACAGAAAAUGUAAUGAAUCAAUGUAUAAAAUAUGAAACUCAGAUGCCUAUAAUAGAUUCUGAAGUGACUUCAGAAUUAAAUAAUAAAUAUACAUUUAAUUUAAAUAAUACUAUAUCGUACAAAUUACAAGGUAAAGCAAAAACGUUAGUAGAAAUGUUAAAUAAAGCAAAAUUAAUGCAAAAAGAUUGUUGAGAAAUAAAUAUUGAAUAAUACAAAUUUUUAAAUUUUAAUUAAAAUAUUUUUAUUUGUAAUUAUCUAAUAUUAUUUUGGAUUUUUUGUAAAAAAACUUUAUUUUAUUACUCAAAUCAAACAUUAAUCAAGAAAACAUAUAUGAAAAAGUAUA